UUCGGUUGCCCCGCAGCUCUUUGUGUGGGUGUCCACGUUCGGAAUUGGCUAGUGUUUGUCUGGUCUGGCGUGCGGUAAGAUGGUUGUGGGAACGAUCGCCCUUGCCCGGUAGAUUCGGUGCUGGCAGACAGUGACAGUUGGUUCGAGUGGCCAUAGCACGGAGGCAUCGUAGCUGAAUAGUGCGGUCAAGUUAAACGAUACAAACUAGCAGCCCAUUGUGUACGCAAAGCGACACAGGACAUUCACCUGCCUUGCCACCGUCAAGCAGUACAGCGUAAGACAUCGGACAGAGUGGUAAGCACACGGCACAGCAGCAGCAGCAGCAGCAGCAACAUCAUGAGCAACGUAACCGUACUGGAUGGAGGGUUCGCGACGCAGCUUUCGGUGCACGUUGGGAAAAGCAUCGACGGCGAUCCGCUGUGGAGCGCACGGUUCAAUGCGACCGAUCCGAAUGCCGUGUUCAAGACACAUUUGGACUUUCUGGAGGCGGGCGCUGAAGCCAUCAUGACCAACACCUACCAGGCGAGCAUCGAAGGGUACGUGGAGUAUUUGCAUCUGGACGAGGACACGAGCCUGAGCUUGAUCAAAUCGACGGUGCGUGUGGCACAGAUGGCACGCAACCACUAUCUGGCGAAGGUUUCCGGCGCUGAGCGAACCAGCAUUCCGCUGCUGGUGGCAUCGAUUGGACCGUACGGAGCGCAUCUGCACGACGGAUCGGAGUACACGGGACGCUACCCGAACGACGUUACGAUGGACACGAUCCAGAAGUGGCACCGGCCCCGUAUCGAAGCGUGUCUGGAGGCGGGCGUUGAUGUGCUCGGUAUUGAAACAAUUCCCUGCAAGAUGGAGGCGGAAGCACUGCUGGACAUGAUGUGCGACGAAUACCCGACGGUCCGGUUCUGGAUAUCGUUCCAGUGCAAGGACAAUCAGCAUCUGGCCAACGGGGAGCCAUUUAGCGACACGGUCAACUCCCUCUGGACGAAGGCUCGCUUGAGACGUAACCAGAACCUGCUCGCACUGGGAGUGAACUGUGUACAUCCGCAGAUCGUGACACCACUGUUCCGUAGCGUGAACGAGAAGAAGCUGCCCGAGUCCCGCAUUCCCCUCAUCGUGUAUCCCAACUCGGGCGAGGUCUACACCGUGGAGGAUGGCUGGCAGGGCCGGGAGGACUGUGUCCCACUGGAACAUUACGUGCCGCAGUGGAUUGACCUGGGGGCACGAUUUAUUGGCGGCUGCUGCCGAACGUACGCACGCGACAUCAAGCGCAUCAAACAGACUGUGAUCAAUCACGCCAACAGCAAUCAUUGCCAUUGAACGGUGUGAAGGGCAUCACCUCACCGACAGUCUGCCAUCAAACCCAUGACCAAGUGAUUGAAGUCUGUGAAGGGAAAGAAAACGUCCUUUCGCGUGUGCUUUCUUUCAGGAUUUUAUAAGUGUUUUACUUUUUUUCUCAAGACGUUGUGUUAUUAAGUGUAUUAACGUGUUUCUGCUUGUAAUGUACGCGGUGCGUGCAAGUUUUGCUAACGAAAUAAACAUAUGGACGCGAGUUUAAACAAAUUUCAUUCUCAUCGCAA